CACGGGCGUCCGUCCCCGUCCACGUGGCGCUUGUCCGUCGUCCUCCCCUCCCUUUACCCCCUCCGCCCUCUCUCUCUCUCUCUCUCUCUUCUAAGCAACCUACAGAUCAACGCUUGCAAGAGUGCAGCAGAGUGAUCAAAGGAGGCAACUUUCCUUUUUAUCUUCUUACGGCUUCCAAAGAGAAGAGGAAGGGGGGGAUAGAGAGGAGGAGGAGGAUGAGGAAAAGAGAAGAAGAAUAAGAAGAAGAAGAAGAAGAGGAGGUUUAGGAUUUGGGGUUUUAGAGGAGGAACUUUUAGGGUUUCGAUUCCUUUGGAUGAUUGGAAGGAGGAGAUGUUGUCCGGUGGUUCCAUGCGGAAAUCAUUCAAGGACUCACUGAAGGUUCUUGAAGCUGACAUACAGCACGCAAACACUUUACUAUUGGAUUUUAGAUUAAUCUGUGGGAUUGCGAUGUUCCUGAUGAUGGUCUGAGAAUCAGAAAAAGGAUAAUUUUUCUAUUAGGGCUUCGGAUUUCCCUACAGACUAUGAUGGUGCAUGCCUUCAAAUGCGAAUGUCAUACAGUUCAGCUGCCCAUUUGUUUCUUUUUCUUGUGCAGUGGACAGAUUGUAGCCUUGCUGGGGCACUUGGGCUCCUCAGAAUUAUGAUAUAUAAGGUUCACAUUGAUGGAUCAACGACUAUGUCAACUCAUGAAAGAAAAGCUAGCAUUAAAGAGUUCUAUGCUGUAAUUUUCCCCUCCUUGCUUCAACUACAAAAAGGUAUAUCUGAUAUGGAAGACAAAAAACAAAAGGCAGUAUGCUUGGAGAGAUACAGACGAAGAGAUGACAAUGAACGGAAGCAGUUCUCUGAAAUAGAUGCUGAAAGAGAAGAGGAAUGUGGGAUUUGCAUGGAGAUGAACAGCAAAAUUGUAUUGCCCAAUUGCAGCCACGUGAUGUGUAUGAAAUGCUACAGAGAAUGGAACUCAAGAUCACAGUCGUGUCCCUUCUGUCGUGAUAGCCUCAAGAGAGUAGACUCUGGCGAUUUAUGGGUAUACGUGGAUCACAGAGAUGUAGUUGACAUGGCAAUGCUGAUGCGCGACAGCAUCAGACGCCUAAUCAUGUACAUAAAAAAGUUGCCAGUGGUCGUUCCAGAGUCCGUCAUCGAUGCUUAUGAUUCUCAUGUUAGGUGACGUUGAAAAGCAUCUGGUCAACUUCCACGGAUUCCUUAACGCUGCCAGCGGUUUGCUCAAUUAGCUUAAUUAAUUUGUGCUUUGGAUAUCAUUCUGAUUCAUGUUUGGAAGCUGCUGCUAAUUUUUAAGCGGCCUAUGGACUUCAGAAGCUAUGUUGGGAGACAUCCAUCGAGCAACUUCAGCACUAUGUAAAUGUCUGUACAGUUAGUCAACUUGAAAGUUAUGAACCAUUUCAGUGUCAGCAUAGUAAGCACUAACUGGUGCCAAUGCCAGUGCUUAAGCUAUUUCUAGCUAUUGUUGUUUGUGGGUGCAACGCAUUGUGGAUGGUAACUCUUCUCGGUUAAAAGAGAACGUUCCAGUCUGGGAUAAAUGGUCAUCUGUAAUGCUGUUGUCCCUCAUUUGCUGUGACAGUAAACCAUGGACAUCAUCCUCUGAGCUACAUAUUGAAGUGGUAUGUUGCAGCUUUUGAAGUGAGUUCUGCGAUGUUAUUUUUCCUGUCUUCAUUGUGGCUUGCAGUAUUUGCUCCUGAAUGGAUCGUUAAUACCAUGGUAAAUUGGUGGUGAGGAAGAUGAAGACGCAGCUGGAAAUUGAAAGCUGCAUGUUUAAGCUCAGCAUUCAAGCAACUCUCAUGUCAAGGUGGUGGUCAUUGUGGAUCUGUGGCAGUGCUGAGACAUGAGAAGCUGGGUGUGGUGGAGGUGCCGGUCAGGUGUUCGACGCAUUGUUGAAGUGGGCAUCGUCGAUAUCUGUUCUUUCAACCAGCAGCUAUAUCUGAAGGCAAGAAGCCACUUGGACGAUGCGUAGAACACCAGUUUGUCUUCUUGGAACUCUGUCUUCAGGAUAAAGUAUAACGAUUCUGAUAAUAGUAAUAAGAGUUAUAAUGACGUUAAUAAUUACAACAACAUUGAUAUUAAAAUAGGAGCUUUAUGGCAACCCACAACUACGUUUCGGCUGCCCUUUUCUUGUAGUGUCCGCCUCUUUUCUCUGACUCUGAGGCUUUCUUUUUGGCUUCUCUUCCGAUUGCUCCUUACACGUCACGAACCGAAGCAGGAGACGAAACCCGGCGUCGUGAGAUCCGGGAGCGGGCGGCUCAGAUGGCGACGGAGGAUGACUCCCAGAGCAUGGUGUCGACCUACGGGAAGCUGGAAGGGGUGGCGAUGUGGGUAGGAGCGAGCGUGGUGUCCGCCUUCUUCGCCUCGCUUGAGCGCUGCUCCUGCAUCAACCUCAGCACCACCGAGGACGACGGCGACGACCUCGAGGAGGCCAACGACCGCCCGCUCAUGCUCACAAAGCCCGUCCUCCACGACGAGGAGAAUCCCAAACCUUCCUCCCUCUGAUCCAGUCGACUCCCUCGUCAUCACCGUGGAACCCUAAAUCCUUGAAAUCGUUCGGUUCGUGGCAUCGUCGAUCUCGAUAUGUUUCUUGUUUCUCUCUCGUGUCGUGGUAUUUCCUCUUUUUAACUCUUCAUGUGUUGAUCCAUGCGUUUCUUUCCUACCUGUGUAGAUCUGAGUUUGCCUUAGAAACCUGAUCUUUGGAAGUGACAAUCGUGAAAAUAUUGUGUUUCCUUGUCGUGA